AUGUAUGGAAUAAACCAGCGCUGCAUUUACAUAUCGUUUAAUUUUUUCGUGCUGUGGUGCCAUGCUCAGGGGGAGAAUCACCCGUCUCCUAAUUUUAACCAGUAUGUGAGGACGCAGGGCGCAGUGACGGACCAGCUCAGCCGCAGGCAGGUCAGGGUUUACCAGCUCUACAGCCGCACCAGCGGGAAACACGUCCAGAUUCAGGGCAAAAGAGUCACCGCCACAGCUGAGGAUGGAAAUAUGUACGCUCGUCUGUUUGUCGAGACGGAUACGUUUGGAAGUCGAGUGAGGAUAAGAGGAGCAGAAAGUGGGCGCUACCUCUGCAUGAACCGGAAAGGGAAACUUGUUGGAAAGCCCAACGGCCGGAGCAGGGAUUGUAUCUUCACAGAGAAAGUACUGGAGAACAAUUACACAGCCUUUCAGAAUGCCAAGUAUGAGGGCUGGUAUGUGGCUUUCACCAGGAAAGGGAGGCCCAUCAAAGCCUCCAGGACGAGGGAGAACCAGAGAGAGGUCCAUUUCAUCAAGAGGCUACACACGGGCCCGCCUCCCUUUCCCAACACGGACCAAAGCAAACACUUUGAGUUCAUCCGAUUUCCGGCCACACAACGAGCGAAGCGGAACAGGAAAUCACGCACCUCUUCCUAA